UCCAGGUGCCAGGGCCAACAAGCCCACCAUGAGCAGCUUCCUCCCCCAUCUGUGCUCACCAUGCGGACGCUGAAAUGGUUCUUGUUCUUGCCUCUGUGCCUCUCCUGCGGCUGUGCCUUUAUGUUUUCUUCUCUGAGAGAUAAAGCCAAAGAACCCCAGGGGAAGGUGCCUUGCGGGGGGCACUUUCGAAUUAGGCAGAAUCUACCAGAGCAUGCCCAAGGCUGGCUUGGGAGCAAGUGGCUCUGGCUUUUUUUUGUUGUUGUGCUAUAUGUGAUACUGAAGUUUCGAGGAGAUAGUGAGAAGAGUAAGGAGCAGAAUCCUAGCCUUCGAGGCUGUUCAUUUCGCACUCCAGUAAAGAAAAAUCAAAACGCUUCCCCCAACAGAGACUAUGCAUUCAGUACCUUAACCCAGCUCGAGAUGGACCUUGUGCAGUUUGUGUCCAAGGUGCGGAAUCUGAAAGUCGUCAUGGCAACUGGCAGUAACCUCAAGAUUCAGAACGUAGAGGUGCCCGCACACCCACAAAAUAACAUCACGAUCUACGAGAUAUGGGGCGAAGAGGACUCCGAGUGAAUGGAUUUGUGUGUCAAAGUAGGAGAGAAAAAAAUUGAGUGUUGACAAACCAUAUCCAAACUAAUAAAACUAGUCUGAAGGAAAAGAAUCCUCAAAUUUGGGAACUUUUGCCUUUCUCUUUUUUUAAAUUUGAAAGAAAUGAA